AUGAAUAUCGAGCCUUCCCGGCAGUUUGGAGUCGACGAACAUGUAGGAAUUUUUGCCAUCUGCAAAAGAGUUCUAUUCGAACGCGGUAGGUAACUUAUGAUUUUAUAUUUCAUCGUUGGAGGGCUUUAGACUGCUAUAUUUUUUUUAAUGAAAAGGAAGGGGUGUACUUUGACAAAACCCAGGAAGCAUUUGGGAAGGAAAUGAGAAAUAUGCUGACAAUAUGAGAAGCGUGUUCCUCUACCACAGGAAUCUUUUCAAAAGAAGCUGGAAGAAAUGGCGAUAAAAUCCCGCUUCAAAACGUAUUUAGAAACAAUCAAUUUAAAUGUCACAGCGUUUAAUGUCACAGGCAUCCGUCAGUUGGUGAAAAAUAUUAAACUGGUGAUUAAAAGCCUCCAUCAGAAUUGCUCAUGUUACUUAAACAACUGGACGGGGAGUUGAAAUAAGUCAGAGAUGAAAUCAUCUUGCUUGAUUUCUUGUUUCGAUAAUGGUGUUGCGAGACAGCUAACAGAUACAAACCAGACUUUGAGCUUGAUUCUUUACCACACAAGUGCAUCGAGUGUAAUCAUGAUUAGUCUCAUCACAACUGCUGAAAUCUAAAUCAAGGAAUAGCAUUGAAUGAUAAAGAGGCUUUGCGUUUUUCCUGAACCGUUUUAUCUGGUUAAGCCUUACGUUUAAUUCCCGAAAUAAGAUUGGCAAAAGGCCUGCCGUACCUCCGCCACAGGAAAUUCUUCGAUCUUUAUUUGGGUCUCUUGCAACAAUCCAGUUUGAAGAAUCGUUCUAUCUUUAGCGCAGUUUAAUAUCGGAGAAAAAAUCGAUUCCAGUGACUCUUAAGCUAAAUGUUUGAUGUUGUUAACAUAAAUCACAUUCAUUCAUGUCUGUGAUAUCGGGCCAGAAUACAUAUUGAAAUUAAAAAUAGACUUUCAAGAUUGAACAGAACGUGACCUCAAUCAAUCGCACCAGUUCUUAAGGGCUUUUAGAUGAACUUUCACUAUCUGACUAUUAAUAUAAAAGAAACGUUAGCUCUACACAGUUACAAAUAUCUUGCCUUAACUAACAAGUAUCGAAAUCAUGUCCUCUUCGUAAACACUGCUCUUAUCUUCAAGGAAAACCAACAAAAGGUUAACCUAACAAAAACUCGAGAACAAAAAGGGAUAAAUCUAGGUCGAACAAAUGACACAAGAAAAUUUCCAUAACAAUGAGCUUUAGCAAACCAAGAGCACUUGUAAAACCGGCAACGCGUUAAACCAAAAGAUAUUGAACACAGUAUAUCUUACAAAGAACCAAACUUCAAAACUCAAAAUCUUCGAGGCUAAAAUAAGAUUUUCUGGAUUUACUUUCGUUUACCAAUGUUUUCGAAAUAUUUUCUUUAGGGGCAAACUUUUACGCAGGCAAAUUAUGGCCUUCUUGCAAGCCGGAUUCACCUUAUCUAUAAUAAGUAAUUUUCGAUAAUUUACUUGUCCUUAAUAUUCAUCAUCUCGAAACGGAAGGUUGAAAAUUGGCAAAUUGAAAACGAUCCACUGUGGGUAACGGAGCGAGAACUUUCUAUCAAAAGCUUUCCUUAAGAGUUUUUUGUGAUUUAAUUAUUUGAGCCUAGCUAGGCGCACUUGAAAUUGAGCCUCUCUGCAUUCUAAACGGCUCUCAAAGAAGGAUUACUUUAUGACCAAAACGGUCACGAAACGAUAAUUUAAUUUGAGCAUAAAUGCCUUAUUUUUAAGCCGAUUCACCUUGCUCAAGCCAAACAUAAGAAUCUCUUGAACUCUGAAAGGCGAAUUACUAGAAUGAACAGAAGAAGUUUUCUUUCUGUCAUAGAAAAAGGAGCGUUGUAGAACUUAAGUUUGCGAUCUCUAGAAGAGAGGUAGCUAUAAAAUUCCUUGAAAUUAUGGUAGAUAAAUUUGGAAACACGAUUUAGCCAUUAAAUCUUAAGUUAUAGUUACAUUCGCUACAGAACUAUCGAAACAGCCCACACUGUACCCUCAACAGUUGUGGCGUGAUCGAGGGAUAAAUUUGUCUAGAAGCAAAUCUGAAUGGGUUAGAAUAAUACUUAUACAGCAGAAGAGUCAAGUUUUCUUCCAUUAGAAAAGUUCUCCCGUGAAAGUAGCAACUUGUAGAACAAAGUUUAGUCAAAAUGAGUUGUCGCUUCGUGAUCGGUUUUUCUUGUAGUGAAUAAACAAAGAAAUGGACGCGUGCUCACGUUACCCGAGAAGAAUAAAUGUUUCUUAAACUAAAGGAUCUUUUAUCUUGAAAAUUUGCUUAAAUUUUAGGGGCGAAUGACCCGGAACACUCUAUAUGCUUUUGUGCCUUUGUUCAAAGGCUAAAACAGUUAAUAUUUGAUAAACGUGCUGCAUUUGAUCUCACGAAUGUUUUUAGGACGGUACAUUACGCCUCAAACACCCAGCAGGAUGGAUCUUCUACGAAAUGCCUCAGAUGGACACGAGCUCGUCCAAAGCAUUUUAUAAACUGGUCUGUCAAAGUCACGUCCAUUUUCUGAAGUAGCCGUGUGAAAUAACAUUUUGGCUCUAAUGGAAAAAUUCUUUGGAGGUCUGAGUGGCGACAGAGAGUCGCUUGUCGGUGUCUUUGAUUUCUCAACACUGAGAUCGACACUUCAACUGCUGCUGAGCAAAACGUUAGGCCAAGGUUCUGCACCCACCCUGGCGUUUAUUUACCCAGCGCGAGUACUCUACCCCAAAACCAAAUUCUCAGCAAUUUGCUACAAAUGUAGCGGAGACUGGACAAAAUUUUCUCCGAUUGAGAUAAAAAGGAUGGUGGUUUGCAGCCGGAAAUGCCAUUGAACUGUCGAUAUGAGUAGCCACGUUCCUCUCGAAUGCCCGCCUGAACUAAACCUCACGUCACUUCAUGAGCCUCGCUCUAACUUAUCAAUCACUCUAUCUAAAAUCGAUAAUUGCAUAAUUAUCACGUUUUGGAUCUACCUUCGAUACUGACUGAUGUGAAUAUGUACCUACCAUAGAUUGUAUCGACUCUCUAACUUUUGGAAGGAACGGUUGGAAAACAAACGCUGAAACAUUCACGACGCAUGUUAAAGUUUAGUUGUUGUCGUUUACUCUUCCUUGAAUCGCUUCGCACCUUUUAAUACCAUCACCACAUGGUGUAAAAUGCACUUGUGUGCAGCCCAGAAUUUAUUUCCCACUGAUGCUCUAAAUAAUUCAUUUUAUGUCGUCUGUUCUGAUUUCCCACCCUUUUCGUGAAAAAACUCAAUAAUCCGGCGAUUCAAUGGUAACGACUGUUUAUUCAAAGGAAGCCUUGGAUAAAUAUUUCUCGAUAUUUGAACAAACCUUCACUGAUAGGAUUGUUAGAAGUGUGAACAUUUCCCACCCCCUUCAUUGGCGAAAAGUUACGAAAGAAAAACUUUGGCACGUUCUUUGAUACUAGUAUUCAUCUCGUUCUUAGAAAUCUGUUCAAGCAUUAAUUUUUUAUGAUAGUGACCAUUCGGCCUCAAUUUACUUUUAAUUGAAUCUUCGUAAACGCAUUUUGGGUAUUUUUUAUGAAGAUGGAACAUUCACUGUCACUUCGGUGCUCGUCUUUGGUCAAUUUCUUGUUACAGUGUACUUGUAUAAUGGCUUUGCGACGGAAGGAAGGCCGCGUAUCAAUAGCAAAACAUAAUAGCGGUCCAUAACAACAACCUAAGUAACUUGUAGCAAGCGGUAACAGAUAAUUGCUCAAUCGAAACACAGAAACACCCCGGUUCUAAGUUUAGUACAACGAGUCCAAUAUCGGAAGGCACUAAUGUCCUUGGUUCUCAACAGACUUGCGAAAGCCUCAAGCAAUUAGCCAAGCGGUUUUGCCAAUAUGACAGUGUAGCAUCUGCGGCCAGAACCGAGGGCAAAAAAGCUGCCUAAUGAAAAAUAGAAGUAAUUUUAUAAUGGAACAGCUUUUGUCCCGCGCGUGCUAAUCUGUGCAUAAGUGAUGAACCAAGCCAUCAGAUUCUCACACACUUCUAAUGGUUUGAUAAUAGGCUUUUUCUUAGUUUUGUAUUGUACCAGCUGCCUCUGUCUCUCGGAAAUUUAGCACUUGAAUAUAAUAUAUUUUCUUCUCGCUGACAUAACGUCGCACUGAAAACGUUGUAGUGGAAGAUUCGCAGCUUUCACAUGGCACUACAAACUACAUAAGCUCGCUAUCUUUUCGAGUUUGCAAAAUCAACUGAAGAACGGAACUGCGAUAUUGGAUUAUCGACAGUACUUAGCGAUAAGGAGGGCGCGUUUUAUUAAUAUACUGCGAGAGUGAUGUGUAGGUAUUUACUCGAAAUCAGUUUGUUAUUUUCGCUGAGCGAAGCUUGCAGUCUUAUCGAGAUAAACUCAUCAACCUCCCGGUGCGAUCGUGCAGAUACAGCAAUUUUCAUUGAUCUGUAUGAUUAAACGGAGUCAAAAUCUAUCUUUUGGCACAACAGGGAGCUUGUUCUACUAAAUUAGCCUAUACACAGAGUGACUGAGAGAGUUACUACAGCCGCGCUCCAGAGACCUCUUGCACCUUCAAGUUUAAGAAAUCGCUCAACUGAAGCAAACCACCAAAAAAAUACAGAUCUCCAACAAACUAACGAACGACGAACAAAGGUAAUCGGAUUACCUUAACGCAAGUAAAAACAAAAGCUACUCACCUCGCUGGUGAUUUAUUUGUUCAACGAGCUCCGUCGCUACACUGACUUUUUCAGCUCAGAAAGGUACACUUUGAAAGUCCGGGCUAGAGUUACAUUCUAUUUAUAUGACUUCUGCGCUUGGGCGCCAAUUGGGCGCCAAGUGAACCGGUCUAAUUCACUGCUUUGUCUAUCGUACACAUGCUUUGCAACGCCGACUUCUAAGCACGCAAGAUGUAGCUGAAAUCUCCACAAAAUCUCCCGACUUCUUCCCCGUAUUACCUGCGAAUAAUCCGAAGCAGUGAUGCGAGUUUACUCCGAUACCUCACAAGUCGAAUCGACUACUCAAGUGUGACGUACUUUGCACGAAUCCGUUGCCGCGCGAAGCGCUGGCGCCGAGAUUGUGUAUUACGCUGUAAACGGUUUGAUUGAAUCCAUUCGUUAGGCAAGGAACUUCGAAACGCCGCAAGAUGGCUUCUUGAAAGCGCGGGCUUUCAUAUUCACCAGCUCUGUGCAAAAUCGGAGAGAACCGCAGCGAACGAAGUGAUAAAUUUCACACUUGAAUCGCAGUUAACGUUACCUGUCCCGGAAUGCCCCGAUUACCAACGGAAAUCAAAAUUGUUCCCGUUGACAUUCCCUGAGGGUGGGUAAGUGAGACAUGCAACUAGAGGAAACCCAAAAUUUAGCGUCAAAUACCAAAAAAACCUGAGGCCCAUUAAUUUUGGUUUAACCAAGAGUUGACAGACUUCAGUUUUUUGGAUAUUGAUCCGGUGAACGACCUGUGAUGUAAGCAUUAAAUAUUUCUGUUCAAAUCGAUCUCUUAAUACGUUACUAUUCAAUAGGGCAUUUUUCGUUAGUUCACCUGAAAAAACAGAAAACAAGAUCUUGUUUUUUUUUAAACCAUCAUCUACAUACCAAAACACAUCCAAUGUGGCCCAAAUUUGAUUGAAAAAUGCUGUUGAAAUUUAAUUACAAGACACAAGAACUCUGUUUUUAGUAAUAAUUGAGAGCUAAACCCGCAAACAAGACGUUUUUAAACAAGGAAGACGACUAAAACGCAAAAAUCGUUUGCCAGUCCCACAAUUUUUCAACACAACUUGUGAUUUAUUUGCUUAGAUCUUCCCAACCAUUAAUGGAAGUAAGUCAAACUCAAACAGAGGUUUUGGUAAGUGACAUUUUUUGACCAGAAUAAAAUGAUGGCAUUACUAAUUAUAAAUGCAUUGUCACUUUUUGAGCAAAUCCUUCUGUCCAUCUGGCUCUGCAAGAGCCACAAAUCCUGUUUAGGUAUACAAAUUCGCCCACCUACGGUAACUAAAUAAAAAAAUGCCUCCAUAAAACUGAGAACAAUGACAAAUUAAUGAGCCUUUACGGAGUUUGUAAACACUGUAUUCUGACACAUACACACAAAAUAAAUCUACAAAGACCAUACUUUAGACAUCUGGAUGGCCAAACUACCAAAACGCCAUUACCCAGUGAGCAUUUAUUUUAAUUUCCUCGCCGGCUCUCUUCAUUUUCCACACAAACGUUGCGCUCGUAACGAGAUCCUUUCAUUUUGACAUUGAUAUGUUAUAUAUUAGGAAUUGUUUAAAUUUCUGCCUCUUCUCCCAAGACUGGUGACGCCUAAGGUUAUUUGGCGAAUUCAUACUUCAGCCUUGUUGUUACUUUACAUUCAGAAGGCGGGGUUUGUGUGCAACUGGAAAGUUCUAAUUGAAAUCCGCGUUCCUGUCAAAGGGCAUGUUUCCAGAUUUUUUCCUGAAGUUUGCAAAACUGUUACAUUUCAGAACAGGAACCUCAUCCUUACCAUUCGUCGUAUGAGAUGAUCGGUUAAAUCAGUGAUAUUUAUCUUUUCAGAGCUAGGAGAUCACUCUCUGUAAAGCGAAAUCGAGGUUAGCUUGACUCUUUGAGUUGCUCUUACUGACCCUUCUUAUUCACUCAGGACAGAUCCUUCAUCUGCUAUAUUUUGAAACAAAGACAAUCAAGCCAAGGCAAUAUAUUGCAGACUUUUAUCCUGCGAAACACGCAAACAGCCGUUCGAAAAAGUACAACUCCAAAAUAUUCUAAGCGACCCGAUGUAAUCAUUUUCACAUUGAUAACUCUUAGCUUAUAUAAAUUAUUAAAUCAUGAUAUCUUUGAGAGGUUUUCCCGGGAUGCAUAUUACACUGGAUAUAUUUUGCAUCACUGUAGAAGUCUGUAUACUGGACGUCGAUUGUCCUCGGAAAUGUUUCGCAACUCGCAACAGUAAACAUUUGUUGCCGCAUUUGCGGGAAGAUUAACAUAGGAAGGAUUUAAUGCUUGGCCACGCAUUUCCUUAAAGCCUUUUAAACCAUAUAAAAUGUAGUUUCCGCCCUAAAUACCCUGUCCUACCCAACUACCUCAAAACUCUUCAAGCGCCUAAAAAUUUCGUAUUUUGGAGUCAUUACUCUUAAAAUAACAAGCUUCAUCUUAUAAAGCACCUUAGCGGGUUUAUCUAAGAUUUCCGAGGCAGAUAUUAAGGCUUACGUUUCAUAACAGGAAUCUAGAAUCUCACCUCAGGAAAGAUUAGAAGCUUUUGUGAAUAAUUUGGUUUAUCUCAUUCAGAUGUGAAAGCCCGACUUCUCCGGGUAUACAGAAUUCAAGUGUUUGCGUUUAAGUUUAAUAGUGUGAGAGGUGUCAAAAAAUUUGAUUUGUGGAAAAAAAGCCGAAAGGUCAUUCAAACUGAAACGAAAAAUCCAAAACAAAGACCCUUGGUGCAAAUUUUUCUGACAAGGAACAUUUCAAAAUAAAAGAAAUCUUUCGAUCAAACGACUGAAAAGUUGAGAAAUUCACUCACCGUUUUCAGGAGAAGUCAAAAAAGAGCGAGAGAUCGAAAGAAUCAACUUGCGUCUGUGUUCUGAAAUUUUCCCCACAAUGACUCAGUAUUAAAAAAAAGGAGAUGCGAUUAACUGAGGAAAUUGAAACAUUCGUCGUAUAUUUAUAAAACAUAUCAACCACAUAAUAUAAUAGGACUGUUUUACUAUGCAUAGACUGAGAACCAAUCUCUUUCGCAUUACAUUCUGGCGCGAGCCACCAACCCACGUGACCACAUGAAAGCUUCGAGGGCAGAUGGGUUGCAUCAGGCGGGCUCGAAUUUGAAUCUGGCUUUUCUUUUCAAAGAAAAAUAAAGACUUGAUUUAAAAUUGAUGGAUUAAAAGAUUUCUCCAGUAAUUCAUUUCUACAUAUCGCGCCGCUAAAUGAAAUGGUUUUGCAGGGAUUAAUUUCUACGUUGAGUGCCAAUCGGAAUAGGGUUUGCGUGUCGGCAACAUUUUGCGUGCUCGAGCUACGAGUGGGUUUUUCAGCUCUUGCUGAGGUGCGUUCAGUGUCAGAUUUCAUAUUAAGCUAUGUACGACCUUUGUUAAGCGUACGCCCUUCUUAGCAACAAAUCUAUCCGUAUUUUAAAUUGUUCCCAAAAUAAUCCUGCGCUUAAAAAAUUCUUCUCGAUUUGUCAUUUUUUGUCACAUCUAUAAUUUGUCAUAAUAUAAUCCUUUUCCUGUUCAUCGUUCAAAAACGGCAGAAAAGUGUGACAUUUUAAAACUGGUGUUAGCUAACGGGGAUAUAAAGAUAUUUUCACCACUUUUUUAUCGACAGGAUUGCGAAUAACUCGGGCGAUAUUUCAGUGUUUUGCUUUCAACUCAAGUGCGUUGUAUGCGUGGCUAUUUAAUACAGGAUUUAUUCCUGCCCAAACCAAAUCCGCACUGAUGAUCUUGAAGUCAGCUACUCAGCGAACCUCUAAUUUCUUAAAUUCAAUAGGCUGAAUGUUCCUUAAUUCCUUUCAUUACACAGGAUCAGAGUCUUUAAAAAAUACAUAUCUUAAUGGACAAGAGGAAAACAGUAAACCAUAUCUAAUGAAGUCGAUAUGUUUGCUUGUUAUAAAUCUAUGAAUGUGAAAAAAAGUCAGACAAGUUUGAAGUUAAGGACGUGCCAACUAGAAUGUUUCAUCGAACUCCCAGGAAAUUCCAGUCUUGUACAACAAAUUAGUCAAAGUUAUGAACACAAGAGUUUUAAUUUCAUAAAAAUGGAUUAAAACUCCUCGUAAUAUCCUGUUUUAGCACUCCUACGAUCGACAUUAUGUCUCCUCUACCGAAGUUAGCUUAAACACAAAUUCCAAUCAUUGGGUUGGAAAUGUUCUUUGAAUUGUCCAAAACACUCCGUGUCAAGUCCAGCCUAUACUAAGGUGUAAACGCGGAGAAUUUAACUGAGAAGGCACGUUUUAAAAAGAACACAAGGCGACGACCAGGGGCUUGCAAAAAUGGAAGAACCAACUCUAGUGAGUUGACAGGCCUACUUAAAAAACCAACGGGGUAGCGCGUUUUUUGUCGAAUUUAAAUAACACUUUAAGAGGAUCAGCUAUGAUAUAUAAAACCUCGAAAUGUAAUCCGCUGCCUGGUUCAAUCUGAUCAAAGUAUAUAAAACAUGAAAAGGGUUAACAAGUGAGGUUUAAUUGAGAGAUAAAGACUGCUUUUACAUACAGGUUUGUCAAGGGCUUUUCUCUUACAUCACGAUAUGGACUGUCAGGUUUUCGAUCAAUAUUAUGCUCAUUUUAGAUAAAGUCUUGUUAUAGAGGAUGCCAUUUAUAUUUCACUGUUGUAGGAAAAAAUCGUAAAUAAUGGUUUUGCGUAAAUUUAACCUUAAGAAGUAAGAUACAAGUAAAUAUUAGGAUGAGUUUCUGAAAAACGAGAAGCCCUGAGUCAGCAGAAAUAUCUUUGGCUGGAAGACCUUGAAGUUCGAAAUGAUCAUGACUGUGGUCAAACAUGAAAAUUUUAACUGCCUGAUUAGACAUGUAGAUAUUUUGGUUUACAGUCCUAUAUCAGACAUAUCAUUUUCUUCUCUAAAAUCGUGUCUUCUUUAUCGAUAAGGCCCAUAAUGUUAAGCUCGUAAGAACGCCACAGACGCAAAUAAAAAUAUGUUCACGUUAAGAAAAUGUAAGAAUCGGCUCUCUUGGUGUAAUCUUGGUCUUUAGGUCGACAGAUUUAUGUUUCUCUAUCUGAAGUUUUAAUUUAAAAGUAACAUCUAUGAAAGUGAACGACCUGGCAACAUUUAUUUGAUCACGAUAAUUUUAACACUUAUGAGGAAAAGAAAAUAAUAUAAAGUUGAAAAAUCCCACCUUUUUACCACCCGUUCGUCAGUGGAAUUAAUUUCUGUUGUUUAAAUCAGGAGACGAUAAGAGAUAUUGAUGUCCAACUUGCUCUAGAAGUCUGGCUUCUGGUUUGAAGGGCAAAAGCGAUUUUGGUCAAGGGACGUUUUUCAUUUUUUUAUAAUCCAGUUGAACUUUUCAGUUAUGCUAAUAAUCACAUCAUAUCAGCACUCUUUCGGAUCAUCCUUAAUUUGUUUAUUUCAAAAUCGGGGCGCGGCGAUUUGAAUUUUCAAAUCCAGGAAUAUGACCACACUUAAAACCCACUUAGGAAGAAGCUUAGUUUUGGCGAUUUUUUCCUCAUAAAACGCAUUAAUUUCUAAUAAGGAAAAAAAAUGAGUUGAAUACAAAAGCAUUAGUGCAAAGAAUAGCCGGACAAAGUGUGGUGAUUUGAGUUGAAUACGAUUUUCAUUUUCAAUAUUGAUCAUUGCACAACGUUUUAGUCUGUCAACAGCAGAGGCGAUCCCAUUGUACCUCUGAUAAGGAUCAAGGUAUACAUAUUUCAUAGAGGAAACGCAUUUCAAAACGCUGCCAUGACUUAGAUUUCUCGAUGAGAUACGUUGUGUUUUGGCUUGUACGGCGCACUUUGCAUACAUAACACUACCGCUGCGUACCGAUUUCCGGAGUCACUAGUUCCAUAUGAGCUACAAUCGAGCUCCGCGUAUGAAAGCUCUUUGCUAUCUAUUGAUCUUUUAUCUGCUUUCCUUAAAGUUUUCAUCUCGAGAGGAGAUGAGCACUGAGAAAUCUAAUAUCGGGUUUGUUUCCUGUUUUCUUAACUUUUCCUCUUAAUCCGAUGUUGGGAACUAAACCAUUCAAGCGUUAUUCUUUGUUUGAAAAACUUAUUAAAGUCGAAACUUACUUUUUUGCAACUGGUCGAGUCGAAAAAUAUCUUAAUUUCCGACUAAAACGGCAUAUUUAAUAAUGAAAAAAAAAAUGAUAAUAACAAAAUAAUCACUUCCUUAAAAACGUUUUUAAAAAUAAAAAUGUCCUCGCUUGUCAACGGCAGCAAUCUUAUCAGUUUCACUCUAACUUUCGACAUUAAAAAUAUUGAAAGCAAACUUACGUCCGCUUCUUCUGAACCAAACUUUAAUCUUUCUUAUUUUUCCCAAAGCCAUUCAAAUUCAAGCUCGUAUUUUUUUCGUACAGAAAAAUACCAUUUAGAUAAAUUGCUUGUAAUGUUGAUUUACGUUAGUUUUCUGUAUUGGGAAAAAAAUCACCAUCACUGUUUACAUCUCUGCCGAACCCUUGAUCAGUGUGAUAUAUCUCACUUUAAGUGUCUUCACCGACACAUCUUCUCUCACAAUCUAUCGCCCAUUCAAAGAUAUCAUGAAUUAUAUCACUCUCUGAAAUGAUUCCUUUGAUCAAGAAAGCACUCAGUUUAAUUCGAAGUAUACAUACGUGAUAGCUUCUCUGCUUCGAAACCGGCUUCAAUGGGAUAUGCGUCACUAAAGUUACGUGGUAAGCCACGCAUGAGCGUCAAUGCACACACACGAACAUGAAACAUUAACGAAGCAUGUUGGCACUUUUCUCUUAUCAAAAUCACUUUUUUUCUACUUAACUUUCCAUCGACUUCGUUCUGGUCCGUCAAUAAUUUAAGCAAGAACAGGCUAAAUGUAAGACACCCGCAUGCCCUAACAGAAAUUUCAAACGAUUACAUCUAUUUAGGUCAGAAGGGGGCCAGCUUCUGGUGAAUCUCCCAUAGACGUCAAUUUAACCACCUUUUCCUCCUCAGUUCCAAUGCUUACAAAGCCCAAUAGCUCAUUUUUUCAAUUAUUGAAAAACAACGCCACAGCAAAGUAGUGUUUAAAAGCUAUUUUGGGAGCUAUUUUGGGAGUUGUUAGUAAAAAUUACAAAUUAACCGAAAGGUGGAGCAAAAUCAUAACAAAACUGAGCAAUUUUUAUAGAGCAAACCUUUUCACUGAAGAAGAAAAUGAAUUCCUGAAUCUGUUUGCAUAUCAUAUGGAAAAAGAAAAAAGCAUUAUGAACAAGAACUGCUGAAGAGGUUUCGUUUUAAUGGUCACUCUAUAGGACUUCAAAUCUACAAACUCAAAAGUUUGGACUACAAACAAAACCAUGUGAAAGUACUACUGAGGACGUUUCCCUUAUAAAUGGCCACAACAUCAGAUUCAUCCACAGACUUUAAAGUGAGAACUACAUACUAAAUAAAUAGUACGAUUUGAAAGUUUUGCUGAAGAGGUUCCAUUUGAAUAGUCACACCAUGGGCUUUCAUCCUCAGACUCAAAAGUAAGAAAUCCGCAGACAUCAAAUCGGAUCUUGUGAAAGUACUGCUGAAGAGGAUUUAUUUGAAUGGUGAUACUAUGGGACUUUUACUAAUCUACGAACUCAAAAGUGGGAACCAUAUACAAAGCAAAUAUUACCAGGUGAAAGCACUGCUACCUACGAACAAAGUACUACCAAGUACGAGCAAACCAGAUGGUACCAUGUGAAAGUACUGCUGAAGAGGUUUCAUUUGAAUGCUCAUACCAUAGGAUUUCAUCUACAGACUCAAAAGUUAAAACCACGAACAAACCAGAUGGAACCAUAUGAAAGUACUGCUGAAGAGGUUUCAAUUCAAUCGUCACACCAUACAGUUUUUUUUAUCCAGAAACGGAGAAGUUAUUAUCCAUUUAUAGUGGAUCGUCGGUAUAACGAACUCAAGGGCCAAGGCUGGUGGGGGGGUACUACAAGCAGAUUAGGAUUGGGGGCUUACUUUUUGCUGAGUAGGUGCUGCUGGCGUCUCAGAGCCCCUACCCCAUUAUAGUCUAUUCUGUGGCCAAUUAUAGUCACUCUUGGGCAAAUAUGUAAUUUUCGCAAUCCUAACUUAGUAACUUUCUAUUUAUGUAUCAACCCUAUAUUGAAUGAAGAACAAUUUACUUUUCGCCUACAAUACAAACAUUCUGGUACGUUUGCUAAACGUAAAUAUGAAGAACUGUCUUAUCCCAAAAAUCAGAAAAUGUGCGGUCCCAUUCAAGUAACUCUUUGA